UUGGCUCUUAAUUUUGCAUUUUUAUUUUUCUUUUUUAAGAAAUCCAGUUAAGACGGCCACCGCGAAUUCAGAGAGCCAACAACCAAAUGUUCUGCGGAAUCUCAUGCCACAAUAUCCCAAUUUCGAGCUUAUCUCAGCCUGACAACUUCUUCUGUUGCAGCCAUUCCAUAUAUUUCUAGCCAUGUCUACCGUUUUUCGAGACCUUUAUCAGUUUUUUGUUGCCACCUUCCCCAAACCCUUCUUAAUCGGUUCGAGCUUUUCCGGUUUCGAGCCUUCCUCCAUUUUCUCGCUGGUUUCCUCGGGAAACUUUUUGAGUUUCGACUGCAAUUUCGUGGGGUCCCCUUGGUUUUGGAAUUACCAUCGUUGGGCCUUUAGAUAUGGGAGGAUGCUGCAGUUAUGAGAUUUCUUGUGGAGGCAAGGUGAUUAGGCAUAUGGAUGAUAGAGAAUAUGGUCGCCAAGAGCGCGAAGACAUUGCUUAUGGAGAUUCCGGAGCUCGAAUAAGAUUAAGAGGUUCUUCUAAGUUUGUAUCAAUGUACUGCCAACAAGGAAGUAAAGGGAUUAACCAAGAUGCAUUAACGGUUUGGGAGGGCUUUACUGGAGAAAAAGGCAGGAUCUUCUGUGGUGUGUUUGAUGGUCAUGGUCCUCUUGGACACAAGGUUUCACAAUAUAUACGUGACAAUCUCCCCGCAAAACUCUCUGAAUCAAUCAAAAUGACUCAACAGAAGAAGGUCGGCAAACUCUGCGAUCCUUAUCCUCGAGAUAGAAGCAGCUAUGUUAAUCUGUCUGGUGAAAAUGGUCAAAACAUGUCCCUUGCUUCAUGGGAGCGCACCCUUGUCAAAUCUUUCAAUGAGAUGGAUGAAGAUGUUGCUCGAGACAUCAACACUGACAGUUUUUCCAGCGGAACCACUGCUGUCACUGUAAUUCAACAGGGUGACCAGCUGAUAAUUGCAAAUUUGGGAGAUUCUCGUGCAGUUCUUUGUACAAGAGGAGAUGAUGCCGAGCUUCAUCCUGUUCAACUCACUGUGGACUUGAAACCUGAUAUUCCAAGCGAAGCCAUGAGAAUCCAAAAUUGUGAAGGCAGAGUUUUUGCUGCGGCAGAAGAAUCACAAGUAUACAGAAUAUAUAUGCCUGAUGAGGACUGUCCUGGACUAGCUAUGUCAAGAGCCUUUGGAGAUUUCUGCCUAAAAGAUUAUGGCCUCAUCUCAGUUCCUGACGUCUUCUAUAGGAAAAUAACUAAGCAGGAUGAGUUUGUCGUGUUGGCAACGGAUGGGAUUUGGGAUGUGCUAUCAAACGCUGAAGUGAUAAGUAUAGUUGCUUCAGCGCCAAGGAGGUCCAUGGCAGCAAAAAUGUUAGUAAGGCAUGCUGUUUCUGUAUGGAGAUACAAGUAUCCUAAUGCCAAGAUCGAUGAUUGUGCAGUGAUAUGCUUGUUCCUGCAUGAACAGCCUCCUCUACCCGAUUCUCUAUCUACUAGGAGCAACGUAAAUAAAAGGAAGCACCUCAGUACUCCUGCCUCUAAACCCACUAGAAAUGAUGGCACUGAAUGCUCGGUAGAUGAUGGCAAGAGUUCUGUAAUAACGUUAGGGCAAGAAUUGGAUGGUCGUGGAAGAUUGUCUAGGGCCAACUCUGUAUCCAAUUCAAAAUAUCCACGACUCUCUAGGGUUGUGAGUAGAAAAUCUUCUCAGUGCGUUGAUGGGGUUGAAGUUCCUUAGCCCUGCCUUUCGAAUUCAGUGAUACAUAUUAGACUUCAAGUUGUGUUACAAGGUGUUGGAGAUUGAGGCUCCAGUAUAUGAUUCCACAUAAAGUAGUGGAUUAAAUCAGCCAAAACCACACAAGAUAUAAUAAGGGUUGUCUCCUCAAAAUACUACCAGACGCCGCCAUAACGGCAAGAACUGAAAAUGGAAGAAAGAAAGGGAAAAUGAAGACAAACAUUUUGUAACAUUUGUAUUGGUACUAGAAAAUAAUGAGAGCCGUCGAUAGCAAGACUUGUGUCAUAUUGAUGUAAAACAAGAGUUAGCGAAAAAGAUGGAAAACGAAAACAUUAUCGAUUCUAACACGGGGAUUUUAUAUUUAGCACAUAGUUUGUUUUUCA